UAAGAAUGGAUCUACCAGAGUUUGGAGAAGCUGCAACUUUCCUCAGAAGAAGUGAGGCUGACUUGCUUCUGCUAUCAGCCACGGACUUUGAUGAGGAGAAGAAAUGCUGGAUUCCUGAUGAGAAAUAUGCUUAUAUUGAGGUUGAGGUUAAAGGGAGUGAAGCUGAUGGAAAAAUAAUUGUAGAGACUAAAGAUGGAAAGUGUCUGAGUGUCAAAGAGGACAAAAUUCAGAAGACAAAUCCUGCAAAGUUUGAUGUGAUUGAGGACUUGGCAAUGCUGGCUCCCCUCAAUGAAGCAUCUAUGCUGCACACCCUGAAGAGACGCUAUGAACACUGGAUGAUCUAUACGUAUUCAGGUAUCUUCUGUGUGACCAUAAACCCUUACAAGUGGCUUCCUGUGUAUCAAAAAGACGUUGUGGCUGCCUAUAAAGGGAAGAGGCCAUCCGAGGUUCCGCCCCACAUCUUUGCUGUUGCUGAAAAUGCCUUUCAGGAGAUGCUUCUCAACCGAGAGAAUCAGUCCUUACUUUUCACGGGAGAAUCUGGUGCUGGGAAGACUGUGAAUUCCAAAUUUGUUCUCCAGUAUUUCACUACCACUAUAGCCAUGAGUGAAUCCAGGAAAAAGCCAGGGACUUUAGAAGAUCAAAUCACACAAGUGAAUCCUAUCUUGGAAGCAUUUGGAAAUGCCCAAACUCUGAGAAAUGAUAACUCCUCUCGUUUUGGAAAAUUCACCAGGCUGCACUUUGAUGCCAGAGGCAUGCUUUUAUCUGCAGACAUCGAGAUCUAUUUGCUUGAAAAAUCUCGGGUGACAUACCAGCAGCCAGGUGAAAGAAACUACCACAUAUUCUAUCAAAUUAUAGCUGGAAGAAAAGAACUUCAUGACAUGCUCCUGGUGUCAGCGAAUACCUCUGACUUUCACAUUUGUUCCUGUGGGGUAGCUGCUUUGGAGAGCAGGGAUGAUGCUGAGCAAUUGCUGGCUACAGAACAAGCCAUGGACAGCUUGGGCUUUCUUCCUGAUGAGAAGUGUGCACUCUAUAAGCUCAUUGGAGCCAUCAUGCAUUUGGGAAACAUGAAAUUUAAACAGAAACCCAGAGAAGAGCAACUGGAAGCAGAUGGCACAGAAAGUGCUGAAAAAGCUGCAUUCCUCAUGGGCAUUAACUCCUCUGAGCUGGUGAAUGGCUUGAUCUAUCCUAGAAUCAAAGUUGGCAAUGAAUUCAUUACCAAAAGUCAAAAUAUACAACAGGUAAUCUAUGCUGUUGGUUCCCUGUCGAACUCGGUAUAUGAACGAAUGUUUAUGUGGCUCGUAGAACGGAUGAACAAAGUUUUAGACACCAAGCUGUCCAGACAGUUCUUCAUUGGCAUUCUUGAUGUCACUGGUUUUGAAAACCUUGAUAUGAAUAGCCUUGAGCAACUUUGCAUUAACUUUACAAAUGAAAAAUUACAACAGUUCUUCAAUCAGCACAUGUUUAUUCUGGAGCAAGAAGAAUACAGAAAAGAAGGUAUUGACUGGGUCACCAUUGACUUUGGUCUGGAUUUGCAAUCCUGCCUAGAUCUCAUUGAGAAGCCCACGGGCCUCCUUUCCAUCCUUGAAGAGGAAUGUUUAAUUCCUAAGGCUACAGAGAUGAUUCUGAAGACCAAACUCUUUGAUAACCAUUUUGGAAAGUCAGCUUAUUUCCAAAAGCCCAAAUCUGAUAAGAAGGAUGGACAUGAAGUUCACUUUGAACUUGUCCAUUAUGCAGGAGUGGUUCCCUAUAAUCUCAGUGGCUGGCUGGAGAAGAACAAAGACCUUCUUAAUGAAACAGUGGUGGCUAUAUUUCAGAAGUCUUCCAACAGACUGCUAGCAAGCCUUUUUGAAAAUUAUAUCAGUGUUGAGAAUCCAAAGCACUUUGGGAAGAAGAAACACAUGAAAGGAGCUUCAUUCCAGUUGUUGACAUCACAGCAUAAAGAAAAGCUAAAUAAAUUGAUGACAAGUCUGAAAUCAACAGCACCUCAUUUUGUGAGAUGCAUAAAUCCCAAUGUGAACAAAAUGCCAGGUAUAAUGGACCCUUUCUUGGUUCUGCAACAGCUGCGGUGUAAUGGAAUCUUGGAAGGUAUUAGGAUAUGUUGUGAAGGGUUUCCAAAUAGAAUGCCAUAUGAUGAUUUUAAUAAAAGGUACUACAUCCUAAACCCAAGGAUUUUUCCAAAGAGAAAAUUUGUGAGCAGCAGAAAAGCAACUGAGGAACUACUUAGCUCCCUGGAGAUAGACCAUACUCAGUAUCAAUUUGGAAUCACUAAGGUAUUUUUUAAAGCUAGCUUUCUGGGCAGAUUGGAAAAAAAGAGAGACAAGAGACUGACUGAAGUUUUCACAUUGCUCCAAGCCAGAGUACGAGGAAAACUGAUACGAAUCAAAUUCCAGAAGAUUCUGGAAGAAAGGGAUGCACUUCUACUGAUCCAGUGCAACAUAAGAGCUUUCAUGGCUACAAAGAACUGGCCUUGGAUGAGACUUUUCUUCAAGAUCAAGCCCUUUAUUAAGGACAGGGAUGGGAGAGAUAUCUCAACUGAAGAGAAGUAUAUACAACUGCAGAAAGCCUUGGAGAAAUCAGAAGCUCAGAGAGAAGAACUCAGAGUGACACAAGUCUCUCUCAUCCAGGAGAAGAAUGACCUGCUUCUUCGGCUUCAGGCUGAGCAAGUGACCCUGGCAAAUACUGAAGAGCAGUGCCAGUUGCUGAUUAAAUCCAAGAUCCAGCUGGAGGCCAGAGUGAAGGAGCUGUCUGAGCGGGUGGAGGGAGAAGAGGAAAUAAAUUCUGAGCUGAUUGCCAGAGGGCGGAAACUCGAAGAUGAAUGUUCUGAGUUGAAGAAAGAAAUCGAUGACCUGGAAACAAUAUUGGCAAAGUCAGAGAAGGAGAAGCACCAGGCAGAGCACAAGGUCAAGAAUCUGACUGAGGAGGUGGAAUCUCGAAAUGAGGAAAUCAGCAAGCUUCACAGAGCAACUGAGGCUGUAAAGGAGGCCCAUCAGCAGACACAGGACUGUCUGCAGAUGGAAGAAGAGAAACUCAACACCUUGAGCAAAGCUAAUCUGAAACUGGGACAACAAGUUGUUGCACUGGAGGGUGCCCUUGAACAGGAGAGGAAAGCAAGAAUGAACUGUGAGAGGGGGCGGCACAGACUGGAGGGAGAUUUAAAGACAAUCCAGGACCAUGUGGAGAACCUGGAGGGCAGCCAGCAGCAGCUAGAAGCACAGCUGAGGAAGAAAGAAUUAGAAAUGAGACAGAUGGAUUCAAAAGUGGAAAAUGAACAGGUCCUGGUGGCCCAGCUUCAGAAGAAGGUUGAAGAGCUACAGACUCAUAUAGGAAAUUUGAAUGAGGAACUGGAAGUUGAAAGGACCACUCGAGCCAAGAUAGAAAGAGAGAGAGCUGACCUCACUCAAGACCUGGAAGACUUGAAUGAGAGGUUGGAAGAGGCUGGGGGGGCAAGUUUGGUUCAGCUGGAAAUAACUAAGAAACAGGAAGCAAGAUUUCAGAAGCUUCGUCAAGAGAUGGAGGAGGCCAUGUUGCACUUUGAGACAACUUCUGCUUCUUUGAAAAAGAGACAUGCAGAUAGCUUGGCUGAGCUCAAAAGUCAGGUAGAAAAUCUGCAACAGGCCAAGCAGGACCUGGAACAAGCUAAGAGUGACUUGCAGCUGGAAGUGAGUGACCUCCAGACUCAUGUUGAGCAGAUGACAAGAGCUAAGGCUAAUGCUGACAAACUCUGUAGUCUGUAUGAAGGACGUUUGAAUGAAGCAAAUACAAAACUGGAUGAAAUGACUCAGUUGACAAAUGACUUGACAGCACAGAAGACAAAGUUGCAGAGUGAGAGUGGUGAGUACCUAAAGAGAUUGGAAGAAAAAGAGAUUCUGAUAAACCAGCUUUCCAGGGAAAAGAGAAACUGCACUCAGCAAAUUGAAGAACUCAGAGGACAGCUACAAGAGGAGACUAUAUCUCAGAGUGCCUUGGCCCAUGCCCUUCAGUCAGCAAAGCAUGACAUUGAUCUUCUGCGAGAGCAGUAUGAAGAAGAACAGGAGAUCAAGGCCAAACUGCACCAGGCCCUAUCCAAAGGCAAUACUGAAACUGUGCAGUGGAGACUCAAAUAUGAACAUGAUGUCAUCCAGAGAACUGAAGACUUGGAGGGUGCCAAGAAGAAGCUGGCAAUCAGGUUGCAGGAGGCUGCUGAAGCCAUGGCCGUGGUCCAUGCCAGGAAUGCCUCCCUGGAGAGGACCAGGCACCGACUGAGGCUCCAGCUCGAGGAUGCACUAUCUGACCUGGAGAAGGCGCGCUCUGUGGCAGCCGCACUGGACCAGAAGCAACAGCACACUGACAGGGCCCUGGCUGAUUGGAAGCAGAAGGAGGAGGAGUCGCAGGCAUUGCUGGCUGCCUCUCAGAAGGAGGCCCUGGCUCUCAACACUGAGAUCCUCAAGCUCAGGCAUGCCUAUGAGGAGAGCGUCGAGGGCCAGGAGACCCUGAGGAGGGAGAACAAGACUCUGCAAGAACAGCUUGCAGGUCUCACAAACCAAGUUAAAGAAGUGACCAAGGACUUAACCAAAAUGGAAAAAGUCAAGAAACUGAUUGAACAAGAGAAAAUUGAAGCCCAGGUCAUCUUGGAAGAAACAGAGGGAGCUCUGGAACGGAAUGAAAGCAAGAUUGUUCGUUUCCAGCUUGAACUCUUGGAAGCUAAAGAAGAACUUGAAAGAAAGCUUUCAGAGAAAGAAGAAGAAAUAGAAAAUUUUAGGAGCAAACAGCAGUGUGCAAUGGAUUCCCUGCAGUCUAGUCUGGAUUCGGAAGCUAGGCAGAGGAUUGAGGCUACCAGGAUGAAGAAGAAGAUGGAAGGAGACCUUAAGGAGAUGGAACUCCAGCUUUGCACUGCUAAUCGACAGGUGUCCCAAACAACCAAAUCUUUGGGCCAGCUUCAGAGUCAAAUGAAGGACCUUCAAGUGCAACUUGAUGACAGCACACACCUGAACAAUGAUCUGAAGGAACAGGUGACUCUGGCUGAGCAGCGAAAUUCUUUUCUUCAGUCUGAACUAGAGGAACUGAGGUGCUUGCAAGAGCAGACAGAACGUGGGCGCAGGCUGGCUGAAAAAGAGCUCCUUGAAGUCACAGAAAAGAUCAGUCUUUUCCACACUCAGAACAUAAGUCUCCUCAGCCAAAAGAAGAAACUGGAGGAUGAUGUUGCUCGGAUGCAGAAAGAAACUGAAGAGAUGAUUCAGCAGUGUCAAAGGGCAGAAGAAAAGGCCAAGAAGGCUGCUGUUGAGGCAGCAAACUUGUCAGAAGAACUGAAGAAGGAGCAAGACACUAAUGCCCAUCUGGGAAAAAUGAGAACGAAUAUGGAGCAGACGAUUAAAGAUUUGCAGAAAAGGCUGGAUGAAGCUGAGCAGAAUUCCUUGCUGGGAAGCAGAAAGCAAAUCCAGAAACUAGAAUCCAGGGUGCGAGAACUGGAAGGUGAACUGGAUGGUGAGCUCCGUCGCAAAGCAGAAAUCCAAAAGGAAGCCCGCAGACUGGAGAGAGGCAUGAAAGAGCUGACCCUUCAGGCAGAGGAGGACAAGAAAAACCUGAGCAGGAUGCAGACUCUGGUGGACAAACUUCAGCUGAAAGUACAAAGUUACAGGCAGCAGGUGGAAGCAGCGGAGACACAAGCUAAUCAAUACCUCUCGAAAUAUAAGAAGCAACACCAUGAGUUGAACGAAAUGAGGGAAAGGGCAGAGACAGCAGAAUCUCAAGUCAAUAAACUCAAGAUUAAAGCAAAAGAGCUUGAAAAAAAGGUCUAUGAAGAAUGAGCAUUUUUCUUCUUGUAAAGGACACUUGUGGGAGAAGCACAAGGAACUCAAGUCUCAGAUUAGAGAAAAGGAUAUUAUUUUGUGUGAAGAGCACUUUAAAUAAUGCAAUUAGAAAAAAUAAAAUAAUUAAGGAAAAUGUUGUUGAUUCCAGGGUUAAUGGAUGCUGCUUUAAGUCUCAAAGAUAAGAAAACUCUCUUUUUAGUAUUUCACAGAAAAGUUUCCCCAGAUGAAAGCUUUAAAAUUCUGAUGUUAAAGAAAUGAAUGUUUGAUUUUUUUGGUUCAUAUUACCUGUUUAUAAGUAGGAUUCAGAAGACAUCUUUAGACCAUUGGAGCAUGUUGGUAAAUAAUUGUUACUUAAGUUAGCUAACUUUGCUUGACUCAUUCCUACAUCCACGACUCUAUAUUUUUAGCCAUUAAUUAUGGGAGUUGACAGCCACAAUUAGGCACUUUGAGCUUGUAG